UCUUUCUCUCUCUCUCUCUUCCUCUCUUCAUGAGCGAAUGUUCCUGAGCAUGCAAUGAUUAUUAGUAAGAGCCAGUGAGGCAUCUGUAUAUAAGCAGAGAUUGACUUGUAGAGAGCGAGAGUGACACAUUAGGCCCACCUGAAGACCAAGCUCAUCUCUGAAAGUUUAAGACAUGGACUGCCACAAUGAGGAACAUAGUCGACCCCAGGAGGAGGAGGACAUCAUGGACAUCCCGCUGGAUGACCCCGAAGCCAACAGGGCAGCCGCCAAAAUUCAGGCCGGCUUCCGUGGCCACAUGACCCGUAAGAAGAUGAAGCCAGAGGACAAAGCGGAAGGAGAGAGGCAGGAGGAUCGGGGGCAGUAGAGAGCGAUGACACAGCUGUGCCAGAGCGGGGAUGGCCCUGUCCUGGCCUAGAUGAAGAAAGUCAAAAGUGGGGAAAACGCUCUGCAACGUAGCAAGCAAGUAUGGUUGGCUGGCAUAUACUGGCUAAAUUGGUUUUCAGGCGCAUCUAUUGACCACAGGAGUCUCCUUUUUUCUUCUUCUUCUUCAACAUAAAUUAGCGGUAGAAAACGAACAAUUUGAGGAUGUGUUGUCUGUGGGAUUUGUUUGGGGGGGGGGGGGUGUUGUUUUUUGUCCGUGAACUUUAGCACUCCUCCUGCUUCUCCAGGAGUCUUUAUCAGUCAGUCCAAAUGUCUUUGAUCCAGAUUUGGCAACUCACUGCAUGUUUUUCUGAUACUUGUGAAAGUGUGCUAGUUUUAGAUCAUCUGUGAAUGUGAAAAUGAAUGUCUUUGGAAAGCACAACAGGGCUUAUUUUUGGAUGGUCUGUGUAUAAACUAGGUGUGCAUCAGCAGUAGACCUUAAAUUGUUGGUGGUUUGUGCAUUGUGUGAUGACAUGCUUGUAUCUUAAUAUUUAUCCAUUGACCUGCUUGCUAAAUUCAUUAAAGAUUGAAAAAUAUCCCCGAAAGAA